UUUUUUUAGGAUAAAUCAUUUAAUUAAUUCCCACGCUGGACCCACGACAGCGCCGGUUCACGCGACUACCCAAUCCUAUUAAGCUUCCACACAUUUCCUCAACCAUGUCUCCGCCGCUAUCACCGCUCUCUGCGACCAUCGGACCACCAAACCACGGUGGCCUACACCAACACUUUCAACUCCGUUGUUCAUGAUUUGUUGUCUAUUUGCUGAUUUAUAUAAGUUGAAGCAAUAAUGGCGGUGACUCGGAGAAGGAAGCAACCAGAAGACGAAGUACAGCAGCAUCCGGAUACGAAGCCAGACGAAGACGAUGAUAAGGAAGAAAAAGCAUUAAAAAAGUCAAAGAGCAAGAACUAUUCGUGCCUCGAUAACUGUUGUUGGUUUGUAGGAUGCGUAUGCACGGCGUGGUGGCUGUUGUUGUUUCUAUACAAUGCGAUGCCUGCCUCUUUCCCGCAGUUUGUGACGGAGGCAAUCACCGGACCUAUGCCGGAUCCUCCCGGUGUUAAAUGUUUGAAAGAAGGUUUGAAGGUGAAGCAUCCGGUGGUGUUUGUGCCGGGGAUUGUAACCGGUGGACUUGAGCUAUGGGAGGGGCAUCAGUGUAUGGAUGGUUUGUUCCGAAAGAGGCUUUGGGGUGGGACGUUUGGCGAAGUCUAUAAGAGACCUUCAUGCUGGGUGCAACAUAUGUCGCUAGACAACAAAACAGGGAUGGAUCCACCGGGUAUACGGGUCAGACCCGUGAGUGGACUUGUAGCUGCUGACUACUUUGCUCCAGGAUAUUUUGUAUGGGCUGUUUUGAUAGCUAACUUAGCUCGUGUUGGGUAUGAAGAGAAGAAUAUGUACAUGGCUGCAUAUGACUGGAGGCUCUCAUUUCAAAAUACAGAGGUAAGAGACCAAUCUUUGAGCAGGAUAAAGAGCAAUAUAGAACUGAUGGUUGCUACAAAUGGUGGCAAUAAAGCGGUUGUGAUUCCACAUUCAAUGGGUGUCAUUUACUUUUUGCAUUUCAUGAAAUGGGUGGAAGCACCAGCUCCGAUGGGUGGUGGUGGUGGACCAGAUUGGUGUGCUAAACACAUAAAGGCGGUGAUGAACAUUGGUGGACCUUUCUUAGGUGUCCCAAAAGCUGUAGCCGGCCUUUUUUCUGCUGAAGCCAAAGAUAUUGCAUCUGCCAGGGCACUAGCACCCGGUGUGUUGGACUCGGAUUUAUUUCAGAUUCAAACGUUGCAACAUUUGAUGAGAAUGAGUCGCACGUGGGAUUCAACCAUGUCCAUGAUACCGAAAGGCGGGGACACGAUUUGGGGUGGCCUUGAUUGGUCACCUGAAGAAGGUUAUUGUCCGAGUAAGAGAAAGAACGGGAAGAAUGUCACCGAAAACGAGUCAACAAGUCAAGAAUGUGAAGCAACACACGCAAAUUAUGGAAGGAUGGUGUCAUUUGGAAGAGAUGUAGCAGAGGCACAAUCAUCUGAGAUCGAAAGGAUAGAAUUUAGGGGUGCGGUGAAAGGAAACAGUGUGGCAAAUCAUACUUGUCGGGAUGUGUGGACUGAAUACCAUGACAUGGGAUUUGGUGGUAUUAAGGCUGUUGCUGAGUACAAAGUGUAUACAGCUGGCGAGAUUGUGGAUAUGUUGGAAUUUGUUGCCCCAAAAAUGAUGGAAAGAGGGAGUGCUCAUUUUUCUUUUGGUAUUGCUGAGGAUUUAGAUGACCCCAAAUAUGAACAUUACAAAUACUGGUCAAACCCGUUGGAGACCAAGUUACCAAAUGCUCCCGACAUGGAGAUCUAUUCGAUGUACGGAGUCGGAAUCCCAACCGAAAGAGCAUAUAUUUACAAACUCACUCCUGCAGCGGAAUGCUACAUUCCAUUCCGGAUUGACGCAUCAGCAAAGGAUAAAAACGAGGACUGCUGUUUAAAAGACGGAGUUUAUACAGUUGAUGGGGAUGAAACAGUUCCCGCAUUAAGUGCAGGAUUCAUGUGUGCAAAAGGGUGGCGUGGGAAAACCCGAUUCAAUCCUUCUGGAAUCAAGACACACAUUAGGGAAUACGAUCACAACCCUCCAUCUAACUUUCUCGAGGGUCGGGGCACACUGAGUGGGGCCCACGUGGAUAUCAUGGGGAACUUUCAAUUGAUUGAAGAUGUUAUAAGGGUUGCGGCGGGGGCCACAGGUGAAGAAUUGGGAGGCGAUCAGGUGUAUACGGGAAUAUUUGACUGGUCCGAGAAAAUCAACUUGAAGUUGUGAAACAUUUAAACAUUUGCCUAUACGAACAAUUUAUUUAUAUUAAAUUUACAAGGAAUGUGUAAUGUGAGGGUUUAGAUUGUCCCCAUGUAUAUUAGUAAACUAGAAAUUUGUAUUUUGGGUGUAUUAUUUUGUGACAUGUUUCCAUAAACAGCCAUAAAUUUGUUUUUUUUGAUA